UCUCAGUCCUUUGUAUGCUUUUUUAGCUUUAGAAUUCUCUCUCUCUGUGUUCGAAAACUACGUCGUUUUAAGGAAUCUGUCUCUGUCUUUCUCUCCCUCUUUGUUUUCGGAGUAUUCUCUGGUUCGUUUCUCCUUCAAGCUGUGUGAGAAUCGCUAGGAUGCUUGACUACCAAAAUGUUAUUGUGAAGAAGUCAAAUAUAAUCGAAUUCACCUUCACUUGUUCCAACUGAUCAGUUAAUUUCGGGUUAUAUUUCUACUUCAGGAAAUGGAUCGGCAUGACACAUCAGGAUUUGUUAGCGGGGGUGGGAUGGACUCAUUUUGAGACAUCUAACCCUAGUUUAUCCUAGUUUUGUAGUUAAUUUUCUUCAUCCCAGAAGACAGGCAGACUGUUCUGUUGCAACUAAUAUUAGGUUUGGUAGCAUUGACUCUUUGUAAAUAUCCAUCUAUUAUUUCAUGGCCAGGUUCCAGAACUUAGGGUUCAAUUAUACUUCAAAUGCAUUCAAGAUUUUGGGAAACCCAGUGCAAGUUGGGGGAGCUGGAGCUGAAUAUAGUACGGAUACCGUUUUACGGCUUGAUUUCCCUGGUUCUUCUAUUUCUGACAUGUCCGCAGCAAAAGGAGUCAAAAGGAAGUGGGGUUUGAUAGAUGGAUCCAUGGGCCAGCAAGUUGGCUCUUCAUUGUCUCUUGGUCUUGGCCAUGCAACAAGUUCCUCAGACAGUAAGGGGAGUUCAGCAACUGGUUGCACCACAAUGUCUUCAGCAAAAGAAACAGAUGAGGAGUCCUCAAUGGAUAUUGAAUUGGACUUCUCGCUCCAUCUUGGUGGUGAGAAGGUACCCAGUCCAAAAAAACCUUCCACUUCAACUUCAAAAGCUCUGGAAUUGCCACUCAAGGUUGACUUAGAGUUAAGUCUCUCCACUGGGCUAUCUGAAUCCGACAUAACUACUGUCUCUCCAGGUUCAACUCCAUUUCAAAGGGGCAUUGAGAUGCCACCAAUUGUUGAUUUGGCCCAAAAUGCGGAUGAAGGAUCAACAUCAUGUCGUUGGAAACAUGGGCUUAUCUUGCCGCCAUUGCAGACUUCAAUGAACACAGGGGUUAGCUUCUCUAUCAACCAGGCUACCCAAAAAAUUGAUCCAACUCCUAUUCUUCAAGACUUCUCAUCUAGUGUAUUAACAACACCAAAAAGCUCAGUCACCUGUACUUCUGGGAUAACACAGCAGCAACAGUCACAACAUCGUAGCAGUAGUUCUAAGACAUGUCAAGUUGAGGGAUGUGGAAAGGGAGCCCGAGGUGCUUCCGGGCGUUGUAUAUCUCAUGGUGGUGGUAGGAGGUGCCAGCGAGCUGGCUGCCCCAAGGGGGCUGAGGGUCGGACCGUUUACUGCAAGGCUCAUGGGGGUGGUCGACGAUGUGAACACCUUGGGUGCACAAAGAGUGCUGAAGGGCGCACGGAUUUCUGUAUUGCCCAUGGUGGUGGCCGGAGAUGCAGUCGUGACGGGUGCACUCGAGCUGCCAGGGGGAAAUCAGGAUUGUGCAUCCGGCAUGGUGGUGGCAAGAGAUGUCAAAAAGAAAAUUGCACAAAAAGUGCAGAAGGCCUCUCAGGUCUUUGCAUCUCACAUGGAGGUGGCCGCCGAUGCCAAGCUACAGGAUGCACAAAAGGGGCUCAAGGGAGCACAAUGUUUUGCAAGGCACAUGGUGGAGGGAAACGGUGUACGUUUCCAGGGUGCACCAAGGGCGCUGAGGGGAGCACGUCUUUCUGUAAGGGCCAUGGUGGAGGGAAAAGGUGUGCAUUCCAAGGUGGUGGAGUUUGUACAAAGAGUGUGCAUGGAGGGACCAACUUCUGUGUGGCACAUGGGGGUGGUAAGAGGUGUGCUGUGUCUGAGUGCACGAAGAGUGCAAGGGGAAGGACAGAUUAUUGUGUUCGUCAUGGUGGUGGAAAGAGAUGCAAGUUUGAAGGGUGUGGCAAAAGUGCACAAGGCAGUACCGAUUUUUGCAAGGCACAUGGUGGUGGAAAGAGGUGUUCUUGGGGCCAUCCUGGAACAGAAUUUGGGAACCAACCUGGUGGUCCUUGUAACUCAUUUGCCAGGGGGAAGACAGGUCUCUGUGCUCUUCACAGUGGCCUGGUGCAGGAUAAGAGGGUUCAUGGAGGUAUUAACCUGGGACUUAUGGUUCAGGAUCCUAAGCUUAGCCAACCAGAGAAGAUGAAAGAGGUCAUCACUGAGGAUAUGAAUGUCGAUGUUGUGAAGAUGGGGAGCAGUGUUGUGACUUCGGCAGGGAGAACUGAUUUGAAUAUACCAGCGCCAGUAUUUCUUCCAGAAGGUAGGGUGCAUGGGGGAAGCCUGAUGGCAAUGCUGACAGGCAGUUCUGGGAUUGGCUCAAGCAGCAGUAAAGGUGUAAGUGGUGCUUCAUCUGAGCCAACGAAAACUUACAUGAUGCCUCAUGGAUGGAUGUAAGGCCAUUUCUCUCCGUCCUCAAUAUGGUCUUUGGUCAUUGGUCAGAGUUGCUCCAGUAUAUGUCCUUUGCUUUUAGUUUGUUCAGUGGUUUGAUAAUUAGAAGUAGUUCUCAUUCAUUGGUUCAAAUGGAGAGAACCCGUAAAAUGCUUUGACAUCCUUCAGUAACAGUUGGGGAUAUCAAGUUGGGAGAUAGUUGGCAUUUCGAGUCAGGUCUUUGGUGUUCUUUCCUGUAAAUAUUUAUAUUUUCAUCUGUCCAGCAGGUUUUGUGAAUACAGGUUACUACCUGUAAGUUUGGUCAGUUUGUCAGAUGUGGUUGUAAUAAAGCUUUUACUGGGAUCAUAUUUCCUGUUGCAGCACUUCUUGGUGGUUUAGUCCAAUUGAAUUAAUUAGCGGUCGGAUGCUGCAUUGAUCCAGCAAGAAGUUGUAGACAUCUGAAAAUUAGUGUUGGUGCCCCCUAAUGUUAUUGUUGGUCUAUUUCAAUGAA